CGAAGAAGAAGAACAAUAACAACAACCCGUGUAAAAAACAUUAACAUCCGGCGGCAUCAUUGUCACUUCUGAGAACAUUUAGCUAGCUAGUUGUGCUUCGUAUUUUAUAUUUGUUCAUUUCAUACAGCGACAAAAAUGCCAACACUGUGUUCAGCAUACAACUGCAAAAAUCGCGGUCCCAAAGCUGAUGUAGGAUUUUUUAGUUUCCCCAAAAAUGACCCUGAAAGACGCAUGCGAUGGAUUAUUAAUAUGAAGUGGAAAGACUGGAAUCCUCAACACCACCACCGUGUGUGCUCCAUUCACUUUGAAGACAAGUACAUUUGCCGGAUGGACAAACGUCAACGUCUCACGCCAGACGCAGUCCCGACCAUUUUUGACUUCCCAGAGAACUUUCAAAAGAAGAAGGCAUCCAUCCACCCACAGAGUAGAAGAGCCAGGAGUGAUGGGUUGCCAGGGAAGUAUACUGCUGCCCCUGCUGUUACAGUGGCUGAACUGGUCACAACACCAAGCCCCACCAUCACAUCAGAGACAAGCAAGCUGGCUAAAGACAAUACUAAAGCUCCAGAAAAAGUUACCUCUUCAAGUUGGUAUAUCCAUGUAGAUGAAGAAAUCCAAAUGGCUGAAUCCCUCCCAGGUUUCUUCCACAGUGAUUACUGUCUACCACAUAGUAUUCGCUGGGGAUUCAAAGAUGAUGUUGCCCCGAAGGUAAGUUGUUUGCUCACUGGAAUAACCUGUAGCUUAUGCUAUAUACCAAUAGCUUAUGCUAAGAAUUUGAUAAACAAUGCACUUUAUUUUCAGGUGGCAUGUGAGAACAUGGAGUUCCAACUUCCACCCCUCAAGCACAUAAUAGAGAUCACAGAGGCGUGGGAGUGGCUGGGUAUGGACAUCAGAGGGCCACUGCCCCUAACACCGAACGGACACCAGUACGUUCUGACCUUGACAGACUUCUACUCCAAAUGGGUGGAGGCCUUCCCCCUGAGAGGUUGUAGCUCUACUGAGGUAGCACAGCAUGUAGCUGAAGUCAUCUCUCACUUUGGCUUCCCUUUUGGAAUCCUUGUUCGACUAAAAAGGAAGUUUACCAGUAAGAUCAACCUUGCCUUAAACAGUCAUCUGAAGCUGAGGGGGUUCUCUCUCUUAUACCGUCAUCGGCAAGUUGGAUCACUGGAUCUGGCCACACAGACCCUGAUCAGCAGGAUGGUGUCUGAUCUUGUGAAGGACCAUCCAUACAACUGGGAUGUCUGCCUCCCUGCAAAGGUGUUCAGCCUGUGUUUCAAGGAGCACCCCAAGACCAAGCAGAGACCUUUCUCUCUGCUGUGCUGCAAAGGACCACAGCCGGUCACCACUCCUAGGGAUCUGUCUUUCAGUCCUGCAGAGCUCAGAGAGAGUUCCUUUGCAAUUCAGUCAAAUCAAGAGGGUGGGCAUGACACUGAUCCGCAAGACAUGGUUGGCAUUGAAUCUGGAAAGGAAACAGCUGGAAAGAGCACAGUUACAAGGGUCUCCUUUUUAAGGAGCAACACCGAGAGUAACAACAACACUGACGGUAACACUCAUGGUCACCCCGACGGUAGCACGGCGGGUAACCCCGACGGUAGCACGGCGGGUAACCCCGACGGUAGCACGGCGGGUAACCCCGACGGUAGCACGGCGGGUAACCCGGACGGUAGCACGGCGGGUAACCCCGACGGUAGCACGGCGGGUAACCCGGACGGUAGCACGGCGGGUAACCCGGACGGUAGCACGGCGGGUAACCCCGACGGUAGCACGGCGGGUAACCCCGACGGUAGCACGGCGGGUAACCCCGACGGUAGCACGGCGGGUAACCCCGACGGUAGCACGGCGGGUAACCCCGACGGUAGCACGGCGGGUAACCCGGACGGUAGCACGGCGGGUAACCCCGACGGUAGCACGGCGGGUAACCCCGACGGUAGCACGGCGGGUAACCCCGACGGUAGCACGGCGGGUAACCCCGACGGUAGCACGGCGGGUAACCCCGACACCAACAGUGAGCGAUCCUCUGAAGAACAUCAUGCCAUGGAAAACUGAAUAAUUGAUUGGAUGAGCGCUCUAUCGGGGGUGUAGUUUUUACUUUAUCAUUUUGAUUAGAAACACUUGUGUUUUAUGGUUGUGUGUGGCUGGUGUACUGGGUCAUGAUUAUUACACAGGAGGAUGAUAGUAGGAGUUUUUGAACCAACUGGAUCAAUUCAAAAUCAGUCAAAACAUCAUGCAUAGCAACAUAGAUGAUGGAAUAGUGAUAAGCUUAUCCUAAAAGCAGUUUCUUUAUUUUACACUGUAAACUUUUUUUUUUCUUCCAGUAAAUGAAUCCAAACAUG